AUGGCUUCGAGCUCGGCCAUACCAAGUGAUGCCUCUGCUGCUAUUCUCAAGCCGUCAGAGCCGAUGCCAGAGUAUGCUGUCUCUGUGGAAGGACCUAAUUUCGAUGAACCCAUGUCAUUGCACCAGUUACUGGGGAGCUACAAACGUAUAGGAUUCCAGGCGAACAGUUUGGCCAAAGCUAUAGAGAUCGUCGAUAAGAUGCGAACAUGGCGUCUCUCCGACGAACUCCUCACGGAAGACGAGACCGAGAAGUACAGGUCUAAAGAGGUCAGAUCUCAGACCCGCUGCGAUAUUUUUUUGGGCUACACAUCGAACUUGAUCUCGUCUGGGUUGCGCGAAGUGAUUCUGCACCUCGUGAAGCAUCGGCACGUCAGGGCCAUGGUUACUACAGCAGGCGGAAUCGAGGAAGACAUUAUCAAGUGCCUUGGCAAGACCUAUCUAGCUGAUUUCAAUCUAGACGGUGCCGAUUUGAGGAAGAAGGGGAUGAAUCGCAUAGGAAACCUGAUUGUGCCGAACGACAAUUAUUGCAAGUUCGAGGAUUGGCUUAUGCCAAUUCUCGAUACGAUGCUCAAGGAACAGAAGGAGAGCGGCCAGGUAUGGACUCCUAGCACGUUCAUCAGGAGGUUAGGGAAAGAAAUCAACAACGAGGAAUCUGUGUAUUAUUGGGCCUAUAAAAAUGACAUUCCAGUGUUCUGUCCUGCUCUCACGGACGGUUCUCUAGGAGACAUGCUUUACUUCCAUUCCUUCCGUUCCCCCGGUCUCGUCGUCGAUAUCGUGCGUGACAUCCGCGCUCUUAACGAGCUAACGCGUCAGGCCAAGAAAGCGGGCAUGAUAAUUCUUGGAGGUGGCGUCUGUAAGCAUCAGAUAGCCAAUGCGAUGCUUAUUCGUAACGGUGCCGAUUAUUCAGUAUACAUAAACACUGGGCAGGAGUUUGAUGGAUCGGAUUCCGGAGCUCGACCAGAUGAGGCCGUGUCGUGGGGUAAAAUUAGGGCUGGCUCUGAGUCGGUCAAAGUCUUCGCAGACGCUACCUUGGUGUUCCCCUUGUUAGUAGCGGCGACCUUUGGGAGAGAUAAAGGUACCCAAGGGUAG